CGCUGGUUGGCUCACGUGUACCAAACAAAACACAGACGGUAGGUUGACAUGUCUGCAGUUUGAGGGUUUAUGUGCAGCCAGGCCCUAACGUCUUAUCAACAUCUACAAAGCGCAAGGUGGACACCUUCUGGUGAGAAAUGGCAGAGGGAGGCUUUGACCCUUGUGAGUGCAUCUGCACCCAUGAGUAUGCUAUGAGGCGCCUCAUCAACCUGCUCAGGCAAUCUCAGUCCUACUGCACAGACACAGACUGCCCUCAGGAAUUGCCCAGUCCCGGUGGGUCGGUCGGUGGAGGAGGUGAGCUGACCCUCCCCAUGGUUCUGAUGGGAUGGGCGGUGCUGGCUCUGCUCCUCUUCCUGUUGCGCCCAUCCAGUCUCAGGCGUACCCGUCCCACAGGCAAACCUACUGGACCCCACAAUAGCGAUAGAAGAGAGCCGCCAGCACCACCUAUUGACUAGCAGUGGAGAGUACCAGCACUCACCCACCUGCUCUGACUGGAGCUGCACGGUUAACUAGUGACUGUGAGCAGGACAGUGCCAUCUCCCCUUCAUUCAAAUAUCUUUUGCUUUUCUCCUAUUUUAAUUCCAUUGUGUUUUGGGGUAGGCCUGUCUAUGAUUCCUGUUACUAGAGCCCAACUGAUACUGGAUUGAUGAGGCCAAUACAGAUAUGAGAAUAAUCUUCCUAUGAUAUUGAUUGUUUUUUUGACACAGAUUUUGAUAGAGGCACGAUAUCUUAGCGUGAAAAAAAGUCUUGGGAAAUUUAAUAACUACACUUAAAAACAUUUUAUUUUUCUCAAACCACUUGAAUUGAGAGAAAUGAGUACUAAAAAUGUAUAUGUGCAGAAAUAUACAAGCUAAUUCUGAUUGAUAAUAUUGGCAUGUUGAUAUAUCGGUUGGGCUCUAUGUGGAAUUCACCAAGUCUUUACUCUGAAGGCGUCUGCAUCGCUCGGAGUCCCUGAUCUCAGCGCUGGUGCUGACCGAUCUGCAGUUACAUGAAUUAAAAAUGAAGGAAUGUGUCACAUGUGUUGGUGGAGAUGGGAGGGCUAGUUAAAUAGUUGCUGGGUGCUUGCUGGGUAAUGAAGGGUUCUUCAGACUCUCUGAAACAUUCCUCUCUUUCCACUUUAAAGUUACAACUCUAAACAGUGUCAGUAAUGAUGUCAUAUCGCGUAAUGUUUUAAUGGCAUAUUUAAACCAGCAAUAUGAUUAAAUGCAAUAAAUUGAUAUGGAUAAAUUUAAUUAUAAGUUAGGAUAACAAUAACAUUGAGAAAUUGAUUUUUUUUUUCAAUGCAGUGAAAUCUUCUUUGUUUACAUCCAGGCCUUGAUUAGAUUACGUACUCCAGCAAAUAGUCCGGUCUGUUUGUAGGAAUCUGUCCCCUUUUUAAGUAACUGUUGGUUACUUAAAAAACGUAAAGUAUGUGAAUAAGACGGCAGUGACGGAUUUUUAAAGAGUCGGUUUAGGAAGUUAAGAUGUUACUGUUAAAUGCUCACAUUUCAAACUCAUUCAACAUAGUUGUAAUUAACUGAAUGUCAGGCAUACAGUUAGGGUGUAGUCAUUGUAAAACUUUAUACUCGGCACAAGUGUUUUAAUCAUAUUGAGAUGAUUCCAUGUACUGUAAUUCUUUUGUGGUUAAAAGAUAAAAAUCUGAAUUGUAUACUCAGAUAUUAGUAGCAGAGAAUCAUAUUUUAUUAGCACUUUUGUUGUGGUAUGUCGUUUCCUUAUGAAGGUAUGUUGUACUGAUUCAGCUGUCUAUAUGAUGGCCUUGUCUUUUCUUACUGAGAAUCACAGCAGUGUGUGUGAUUUAAUGGGAGCAAUAUAAAGUUUCUUCUUCUACAACUUCUGUAUGAUAAUGUCAAACCAAUUAAAAGGAAAGGAGCGCGAAAAGGUGCAUUUUUUUUUUUUUAAACUAUGCCAAUAUGAAGUCUUGAUGCUAAUUUAGAGAAGAACUUCUUGUGAAAGAACAGCAAUAUUUGAGCUUAUUUUUUUUAUUUUAAAUUUGAGUUUAGAAGAGCACUCGGGAAUGAUUUGCAGUUGAAGUUUCCCGUCGUGUAUUGUCAUUAUCGUGGUUUACAUUACAGGAUUAUCUUUCUUACAAAAUGUCUUCAUUGCUCUGCUCUGCUAAAUUUAGAGAUUUUAUUUUAUAGAAUAUAGUCAACUGGAUUAAAAGUGGAAACAUAAUAAGUGAAAAGAAAAAUAGAAACCUCUAAUGCAAAACAAUAUAGUGGUUGAUGUUUUGUUCCUUAACCAUGUAUGUAAAUGUGGGUGGAAAUGUAUAACGCAGUACAACAGCACGACAAACUACAGCCUCAAAUAAUCAGCCCUUCUUUGAUACAAUCUAAAAAAAAUAAAGUAAAAAAAAAGAACAUUUUAGUAGGUGGAAUUCUUUAUUUUAUAUGUCUUUUUUUAGCUAUUGGAUUUCUGUAUAUGAUAGAGGGGUUUCCUCUUUUUCCAGUCACUGACUAUCUUUGUUGGGCCCCUGUCAUGGCAACAUGGCUAUUAAAGUGUAUCUGGGCCUUGGAUUAUGUUCUGGGGUACUAAUGAUAUCAGAAAAUGACGUGGAAUUGUCUUUCUUGAAUACAUGGUGUAAGAGUUGAAAGAACCUGGAUAUGAGCUGUAACAACUUUGGACUAAGUUCAUCCCAACAGUCUUCAGUGGCUAGCUACUUUAAAUUUCCAUAUCAGCGAAUAAUUCCCUCUAAAAAUAUUUUUACUGCAUCUUUCUGGACUUGGGGAAUGGCAUGGAGGAGAUGUAAGGAUAGAAACAGUUAAGUAAACCAAAAGCAGUUGUAUAUAAAUAAGGGGGAAGUCAUGUUAUAUUGUUAAGAUGAACAGGUGGAUCUGCUACCACAAGAGACCUUGAUUUACACUGUUUCUGUCUAAAAGGGCUUCAACUAUGCACUUUUCCUAUAACAAAAUAAAAAAUAUUUCAGUCUUCA